AUGGUUUUCUUACGCGACUUGAUGUCAGUGCUCAUGGUGAGCAUCUGGGUGAGGACGGUUAUUGGCGCGACGACGAAUGCCUUGGAUGUGACGAACAAAGGCGGCACCGUGACGAAUCCGUCGUCGGCAAUGGAGAAGACCGUGGCUGCAAGCUUGGCCUCCAAUCGCGGCGAGCUCUCCGCAACUUGUCACGCAGCUGCCGCCUCAAUGACUGAGGAUGUGGGUGAUUGCGCGGACCUCCUCGGGAUGGUCAAAAUCCGCUUGGCCAGGGAUUCAGUGUCUACCCCAAUCAAGGAUUGGUUGAAGACCAUGUGUGCAGCUACCGAAUGCAGUGACAAGGCCCUUGCCUCUGCCGCUGCAAAAUUGACCACCGGCUGUGCUACCGAAAUGAAAGAUAAAUACCCGGACGCUGGGGCUUUUUACUCUAUACUCACUACCUACAAGACUAUAAGGACUGAAGCCUGCCCAAACAUCGACGCAUUGGAAUUUUGUGAUCCUAAAUUAGAAGGUCAUAUGAAUAAACAGGCUGCCAACAAGCGGCCAUUCUUUUCAGCUCCUAAGGCGGCUUAUUGUGCUGAAUGUGCAUCACAAAUAAACUCACUCAGGCCGGGCUUCUGCAAACAAGGCGAAGUAGCAGGCCCCAUACCUGUCAGACCCAUCGUCGUCGGCCUUCCAGCUCCUAAAGAAACACUUAAAGUAACUCCUAAAGGGAAUCCUAAAGGAGCUCAGAAAGGAGAUUCUAAACCUUGA